GUUGUUCUCUAGCCUCAUGUCACCCAGGGAUACUUCCUUUUUACGGGGUCGGCUGAUAGGUUCGCUGCUAUUAGGAUAUAUAAGUCUUACUUUCUAAGCAUGUACUUUGGCAGUUGUAUCACGUUGCUUAGGAGAUUUGCUUCUGGCAACCAUUUCGGUCCCGCAUAGCGACGUCGUCAACAAUGACAUUGUGGUAUGAGAUAAGACGUCCGCACAUUUUCUCAAUGAUGGUUGCCAGCGCAUAAUAGGACAUUAUAUCAAUAUCAUACAAAGUUAAGCCAUAUGAUUCAAAGUCUUAACUACGCAAGGUAUUAAAGAGAUGAAAUACUAAACAGACGACAUUAUACAAGGACGAGAGGGUACGAGCAACGGAAAAUAAGCCCCAUACGACAUCUCGGGCUAUUUUAAAGCCACGGGACGAUCCCGGGUUUGAUCGUCCCGUCUUUCUCCAUUAAGCAAUCACUUGACCUACAAGUCUUUUUCUCGAAACGAUACUGGUUAAGCCAUCUCUUGUUCAACAACCGUGCUGUUCGCAGCCGUAUUCCGGAAAUCCCCUCUUGGUUUAAGCCAAUUUGGACAAUGGAUACCCAUACGUCACCAUGCUCAUGCUCAUGCACCACUCAUCUCACGAGACGCAGAAGUAUGCUGCGCAAGAUUCUGGCGUUACGAAAACCAACCAUAAAGCGAACUCGAUCCGGAAGAUGCUCAGAAUGUAAGACAGCACCGCAUCGUGAAGGCCAAGUCAUAGAUCAGCUUCCGAAGGACGUUGAACAACUCGCGGGAAGAACACAUCCUCGGCAAGAUGUGAGAGGAUACGAUGCCGGUGACAUAGCGUGCCGCCUCGCGGUUAUUUCGAUGGUAGCUAGGUUUACCAAUGGCUUGGAGCAUGAAGAAGAGGUCGAUCUUUCUGAGAGGGUCUAUACCCAGCUCAAGAUGGAGGGCAGCCCGUUGGUCGAUAUGAGGUGGAUGGGCGGCUUGGAUGAUCUUCCAGAUUGGGUGUUUGAGCACCUCCAUACGGUUAUGAAGAAUCAACUCGGGUCGUCUUAUAACGGUUAUGACGAACCCAACGAGGAGUAAGUCUUCAUUUAGUUGAACCAUGAAUAUGGUAAGUACCCCUAGGUAGGUACGCCUUGUGUUCGUUGCCCAGUCAGGGUGAUGAUGUAGCAUUUAAGUAUUGAUUUAAGUGUUAAACAUAUUAAGUAUACCAUUGGC